AUGGCCCGUGAAUGUGUCGAUGACGACGAUCUGAAGCUUCGUGGUGAACUGGAUAUAUGGAAACACGGAUUUUACAUGGCCGAACAGAAGAAUCAAAAACUUCGAGAAGAAUUGACAUAUAGGAAAGACGCCGAGGAAUCCCUCCAACAGAGGGUCUGCGACUUGGAAAAACGUCUAGCUGAUGAAAAAGCUAGACAUUUUAACGACCUAUUGUAUACUGUCAAAAUCCAGGAAGAUAAAUUCAUGAAGAAAGACUCAGAGGCAAAAAAUGUAAUCGAUCAGCUCAAAAGAGAGGUUGAGCUUUAUUUGAAUGAAAGAAAGAAACUCAUGCAGAGGGAACACGAACUUGUCGAGGAAAUAAAUAUUAAGUCAGAGAAAGAAGCUUCCCUCCAAAGGACAAUCAAGAGUUUGGAGGGCGAUUUAACUACCCAUCGCGAAGCCCUGAAAAAACUGAAUGAAGACAAGAUGCUUUUAAUAUCAAGGCAAGAAAAUGAGAUUCAUGAAUUGGUAGAGAAAUUCCAUCGUACUCUAACUCUGAUGAAUUUGGAGAGGGAUCAACUAAAGCAAGUGAAAGAGAGCAUUCAAGAAGAAAAAUCCCAGCAGGAGAUGGAAAAUACACGACUGAAAGGGAUAAUACAAACAUUGGAAAAUGGGAACCAGGAGCUAGUGAAGAAUAUCUAUCAAUGGGAUAAAAAUACAGUCGCUUUCGAGCAGAGAAUUAUACAAUUGCAGACUGGAAUCUCUGAUCUGGAGAAGGAGAACGAGGAACUGAAAAGAUUGAAUAUGGAAAAGGAGGCGAUAAUUAACUUACAAGAAAUCCAGCUACGUGCGCAGCAUCAGAUGAUCAUAGAUGCUAAUACCAGGAUGGCUGUGGUGGAAGCAGAGAUGAACCAAGAGAGAAUAGAAGAGCCUGAAAAAGAGUCUGAUGAUCUCGAUAGUGACAGUGAAGACUCAAAGGAUACUGAAAACAGUGCUGGACACAGUGAAAGUAGUCAAGACUCUGCAGUAUCGGAAGAAGAGGACGAAAAUGAAGAGAAUGAAGCCCAGAGUCGCCAGUGCAGCGCUCAGCAGGGUCCAACAAACAUCUGUCGCAACCGCAAAUGUCCCAGGAAAUGCAAAAGAAGAAGAAUCCAGAGAGGAAACUGCUGCUGUGCAUGUAACAUAUGCAGGCACAAAUGCAGAUAG